AAGAAGGAGGAAGCGUCCGCCAAUGAGCAUGAAAUUCUGGAGGAGCGGCGGCUCCUACGGUCAAUGAGAUUGUGGGUAGGGGCUUCGCCGAAGCUGAAGCGGCCAACGGGAUCUCGAUGGGGGCAGGACUGACGGAACCGGGGCCUUGGGGAGGCCGUGGCCGGUUCCACCCUCCGGGAGAGGAAAGACGGGCUCCAAGAUGGAGGAGGCCACUGUGGCAGCACCGUGACAGGUCACCUUUGAAUGUGGGGGGGACAAGAUGAGACGAGGCCCAACUGCCACCCCGGCGGAACCUUCCAGGGGCCUAACCCCACCUGAAGAUUCUGAUGCUAUCCCUUCCACCAGCAGUCGGGUUGGGGGCACUGUGAAGGUCUAUCUGCCCAACCAGCAGCGCACAGUGGUAACUGCGCGGGAUGGGAUGACUGUCUCCGACUCGUUGGACAAGGCACUGAAGGUGCGGGGACUGAACCAGGACUGCUGUGCUGUCUAUCGCCUUGUGCAGGGACGGAAGACAGCAACAGCCUGGGAUGCAGCCAUUGCUCCCUUGCACGGGGAAGAACUGACGGUCGAGGUCCGGGCUGAUGUGCCGCUUGCGGCUGCCCACAACUUUGCCCGGAAGACGUUCCUGGCGCUCACCUUCUGUGACUUCUGCCGCCGCUUCCUCUUCCAUGGUUUCCGCUGCCAGACAUGUGGCUACAAGUUCCACCAACACUGCAGUGCCCGCGUCCCCACUGUCUGUGUUGACAUGGCCACCGCCCGCCAACCUUUCUACCGCAGUGUCCAGGACUUGACUGGAGGCCCUGGUGCUCAUGAGCCCCAGCCUGGCAGCCAGGCCCUAUCUGAGCCCCUCGCCCCAAAGAGUCCCAGGUAA